AUGAGGACGCUGCUGAUCCCGCCAGGCCGUAUUUCCUCCGUGGCCGCUGAGGUGUGUGCAGCUAUGUCUGAUCCUGAGGCAACUUCUAGGGUACGUGAACCCAGACCCGACCAAAAUACGGCCCAAGUGUUGCGGGAUAUGGCCAACCGCCUGCGCAUCCAAUCCAUCAGGGCUAUGUGCAGCUUGGACUCUGGCCACUCCAUGUCGUGCAACAGCGCCGCCGAAAUCAUGUCAGUGUUGUUGUUCCACACGAUGAGGUAUAAACAGGCAGACCCAGAGCACCCGGACAACGACCGAUUCGUCCUCCCAAAGAAACUGUCUCUUACUGAUGCGGUAACAGGAUGGUGUGGGCAGGGACUGGGGGCCGCGUGCGGCAUGGCCUACACUGGCAAGUACUUUGACAAGGCCAGCUUCCGGGUGUACUGCCUUGUUAGUGACGACAUUUCAGACGGCUCUGUCUGGGAGGCCAUGGCCUUUGCUUCCCACCAUGCUCUGGACAAUCUUGUGGCGAUCUUUGACUUGAACUGCGUGACACAUGGUGGCUCCUCACCCGCCGCGUACUGCACAGACAUCUAUCAGAAGCGCUGCGAAGCCUUCGGGUGUAGUACUUACGUGGUGGAUGGCCGUAACGUGGAAGCGCUGUGCCACGUGUUCUGGCAGGCAGCUCAAGUGAAGAACAGGCCCACUGCUGUGAUCGCCAAGACCUUAAGGGGCCGGGGCAUGCCAAACAUUGAGGAUACAGACAAUUGGUAUGGAAAGCCAAUGUCAAAAGAAAGAGCAGAAGCAAUUAUUGAAUUAAUUGAGAGCCAGAUACAGACCAACAGGAAUCUUACACCAAGUCUCCCAAUUGAAGACUCACCUGAAAUCAGCAUCGGGGAUGUAAAAAUGACCACUCCACCUGCUUACCAAAUUGGUGGCAAGUUGGCUACUCAGAAGGCGUGUGGUUUGGCCCUGGCUAAGCUGGGCCACGUAAAUGAGAGGCUCAUUGUGCUGGAUGGUGACAACAGGAACACCUUCUCCGAGGUGUUCAAGAACGAGCACCCGGAACGCUUCAUCGAGUGUUUUAUUGCUGAGCAGAACAUGGUGAGCGUCGCACUGGGCUGCGCCUACCGUGGCCGGACCAUUGCCUUUGCCAGCACCUUUGCUGCCUUUUUGACCCGAGCAUUUGAUCAGAUCCGGGCUGGAGCUCUCGCUGAGAUGAACGUCAACCUUAUCGGUUCCCACUGUGGGGUGUCUGUUGGUGAAGAUGGCCCCUUGCUGAUGGCCCUGGAGGAUCUGGCCUUGUUCCGAGCCAUCCCCAACUGCACUAUUUUCUAUCCAAGUGAUGCCGUCUCCACAGAACGUGCUGUUUAUCUGGCGGCCAGUAAUAAGGGAAUGUGCUUCAUUCGGACCAGCCAACCAGAAACUGCAGUUAUUUAUACCCCCCAAGAAAAGUUUGAGAUCGGACAGGCCAAGGUUGUCCGCAAAAGUGUCAAUGACAAGGUCACGGUUAUUGGAGCUGGAGUUACUCUGCACGAAGCCUUAGAAGCUGCUGAUAAUCUUUCUAAAGAAGAUAUUUUUAUCCGUGUCAUCGAUCUGUUUACCAUUAAACCCCUGGAUGUUGCUACCAUCAUCUUCAAUGCAAAAGCCACAGGCGGCCAGAUUAUCACAGUGGAGGAUCACUACCCAGAAGGUGGCAUUGGGGAAGCUGUCUGUGCAGCCGUCUCCACAGAACGUGACAUCGUGGUGCAUCAGCUGGCAGUUUCGGGAGUGCCUCAGGGUGGCAAACCGCAGGAACUGCUGGACAUGUUUGGAAUCAGUGCAAAACACAUCACUGUGGCCGUGAAAUGUAUUGUAAUGGACUAAAGUAGCUUGCCGGCUUUGGUCUGAGAAAAGUAGCCUCUUUAUACAUUUAUACUUGUUCCAAAACUAUCCUUUAAAUAUAUACUGCUGUGCUUUGUUCUCUUUAAAGCAAAGCCAGUUAAUAUCUUUCUUUAUUCCCGAUUCAGAAGUUCAAGAUAACUACUUUUCUUUUAAACCAUGGCCGCAUAUACAGAUGUUUCUGUCAUUUUCAGUCAUUUAAAGUGUUACAAAAAUUUAAGUAACAAAAUAGCUAACAAAACCACCACCUGAUACUGUUUUCUGAUAAGACUACAGAUAACUGGGUUGAGGAUCUGUGUAGAGUUAACAGUUUCUUCAGUGUAUUUUGCUUGGAAGUAAAGAAAAUGUGACUUGAAUUGUAUACUUCUGUAGCCCAGAUUUUGCAGCACUAUAACACCGUGAUACAUACUGCUGUCCCCAGUCUGAGAUUCCAUGUGCUGCUGUCCUACCUGCAGCGUCCUGGGUAAUGUGUGACUGCAGUUGCCCUGGAGUUCCUCUGAUGUUUGCCUUCAUCUCCCUUUCACAGUUCAGAGGCUGAGUAGCAGUGAAAGCUGUUAGGAUGUCCUGGGUUGCUUGUAGGGACUGUUCUGUGAAGAGAUUACAGCUGCUUCUGGUGUCCACACUAUUGUUCAAGUCAAGUUAAUAAAGCAUUUCAAAACUAA